AUGGCAACAAGAAAUAGCAGCAGCAGAAGUGACGCCGUCUUCUCGACGUCUGGCGUCAUGCCGCGGAGCGAGGAGCGUGCGAAAUACCCCGGGAAUCACACUCGCCUCGUCAUAGGUCAGCCGUGGGCCGUCCUGGAAGGCCCUUCGAUUUCCCAUACGUACGGGCUGGGUGAGGAGCUGAUGGUUGGUAGCUGUGGUGGGAACGUGGGUGAGACCCUGCGCUCGAUCAACGGGUCUGAGAAGUCAGUCGCUUGA